CGGAAAUGAGAGAUCACUCUAGUUGGUUUAUCUAAAACUGAGUGGAGCAUUCUUUCUGCAGUGUAAAACUAUUUUGAUUUUGUUGUCUUUCGAAUAAGAAAUGGAUGAUCAACAAGAAACGUAUAAAUUAUGGAGGAUUAGAAAAACUGUCAUGCAAGUAUGUUUAAUGUUUUAAUGGAUAUAUAAAUUCAUUUAUAGCCUAACUUCAUUAAUGAUUAAUUUCAUUAAUUCGCUAAACUAACCAGAAUGCCAUUCAUUGAGUUGAGUUGACAAUUCAAGAAAUUUUUUAAUGUUGUUAUGUCAUUCAACCGUCAAUCAGGCAUUGCGCAAUCAUUGGAUUGCCACUUGAGCGCAUUAUUUAUUGGCAUUCAAAAAUUGACGAAUGGUCAUUGGCAUUUGACUUAGGGCUAGGGCAUUGGAUUGUGCGAUUGAUUGGGUUGGGGUCUGUUGGAUUUUUUUCAAAUUUUAAUUUAAAUACUGAAACUGUAAAACUUAAGUAAAAUAAUUAAAAUAGGCCCCAAUCUGAAAACGUUGCUGAAACUAAUUUUCCUCAUGUCAUACUCACACAAUCGCUUUAAAAAAUGUAUAGUUCUAACUACGACAAUUUUAGCAUACCAUUUAUCCAUCAUUAAAUAAAUCUGAUCACGUAAGAAAAAUUAAAUUAUGUAGAACAGGAGAAGAAGCCACAAGUAAAUAUCCCAGCACUAUCUAAUGACAGUGAAGUGUCGAUGUAGAUUUAUGGAGAUGGCAGAUUCUAUCAAAGAAACUGUCCUAGGUCACUUAAACUUAAAGCCAUAAGUUGCCAUAACAUUAUUUACAUAAGAUUUAUCGUAAAGGCAAUAAAGUAUAAAGGGUGUAGUUUAUUUUCCUCCCAAGUAAAAUAAAGUUCACACAGUACACAUAUUAGAAAAUCUAAUCAUAAUGUCUUUUGUGAGAUAGUUCACAUCCUUCCAUCUCUGUGAUAUGAUUGUGUAGCUUCUGUAUUUUAGUACUUUCUUGAGAGUGGCUAUGAGACAGAUCUUGGAGUGGCACUCUCACUGCACUAUUCACAGGGGAACCUUGACUGCUGGUUUUUAAUGGCCUUACAUAUUGCUGUAAGGGAUUAGUUUUGCGGAAACUCUUCCUACAUUCAUUGCUUUGCCAGGUAGAAUUAUGUUCAGUGGUUCACCCAGUGUACCCAUUCACCGAUUUCGAUGUUGGCUUCCCUCAUGUUUAUUUAACCAAUGUUUUUAUAGCACAGACAUUAAGUCUUUGCUCUCUGCCUAUUCUCCAUAAAGUAAGACAGAAAUAUGGCCUCUCUCCAUUAUCUUAACAUAGCCUCAUACUAACAUUGGAAAACAUGCUACAAAUUUCAGUGCACUUCAGAACCCUUAUGUCAGGCACAUUGUCCUGCCAUUAAAUACACCAAAGACAGGUCAGGUGGAAGCUGUUGAGUUUCUGUUUAUGUAUGUGCUCCAUUUGUCACUGCCAUAGAGGAGCGUACUACUAAGCACUCAUGUCUGGUAGACAUUUAGUUUUGUGUUUUCAGUGAGUUUAGAAUUAUUCCACACACACACAUUAUUUAAUCAGACCAAAAUUUACUGGGUCAAGAAGCAUGAAUAAAAAAAAAAACAUGCCACAGAAGAAAACAACUUUGGGCAAACACUGGCCUACAUAUUAAUCUACAUUGUGAUUAUACUGUUUUCUAAUUAUUCAUAAUUGCAACAUGUGCUAACACCAUUCUAAUUCUACUAUGAAAUUUCCAAAUUAUUCCUAAAUCAGUGGAUUUUUAUUGAUAAACAAGUUUCUUCUGUACGGGGUGUCAUAGAUUUUCAUUGUCAGGGGAAAUGACCCUGCUAUGAAUCAUGUAUACAUUUUUCAACCAGUCAUGGCAGUUAAGCCAUUGAUAAUAAUUAUUACUUUAAAAAUUUAGAAAUUUAAAAAAAAGUACAGUAGAAACCCCAUAAUGCGAACCAAUUGGCACGGGGGUGGUUAGGAAAUAGGAUAACCUAUUUUUCAGUUGGAUAACAAAACAGUCCUAUGAAAAGGUUGUGUUAAAGAAGUUACGAGUAUUAGACUAUAAUAUUACAUUAUACAUGUUGGUGAUUUCUUUUACAAUGUUUUAUGUACAGUAAUGAUCAAUUUGUUUUUUCGUUGUUUGUAUAACAAUGAUUAUCAAUGCUCCAUGCCAUAUGCAUUGGAUACAGUAAUAAUAGAAAAGACAGGGUCAGUUCGGAUAACAUUUGGUACAAUCAACAUUUUAAAGUAACAAUUUUAUUGACAUUGGAGUUGUUGUCAUGAAUGUUAAGGAGGUUACAAUAAGUUUUUUUCCUUGUGUACAGUAAUUAGUAAUGUAUCCAAAUCUGUUUUAAUUUAUGCAAAGCCAAAGACAAUAUACUUGUUAGUGUCAGGGGUAAUGUUGUUAAAAUGAUACAAGUAUUUUCAAUGGGGUGCAUCCAGUAAGGUUGACUCUGUUGACAAAGUUUAUGUUUCCUUGAGAGAAUAUCUUGUUGCCUAAAUGACAGGAACAUUCAGCUUCCACCAAUCCCGGUACCGGACAUUACAUUAAGCCACUCCGAACUGGCAUUAUUGAAACUGAACUAUUGAUUUUUUUUUAUUACUAGCUAUGCCAUGACCGUGGCUACCUUGUAACACAAGAGGAGUUGGACCAAACCCUGGAUGGUUUCAAAGCACAAUUUGGUGACAAACCCAGGUAUGGGAUUAUAUGAUUAUGGCAUAGUUAAUUUUAACAAUAAGUUGUAGUUGUACAUGAGUGGUUGUUUCCCCUCAUAAGUUAAGAGAUCAAAAUUCAGUUCUGAUGCCUAGAGUAUAUUAUGAGAAUUACCGUAUAUACUCGCAUAUAAGCCGAAUUUAGAACUAUAAAAUACAUUACUGAAAUCAGGGGGUAGGCUUAUAUGCGCAUAAAACAAAAUGGACACAAGGACAGACACAAAUGCCAAUUUUCCAGCCGCACAUUUUCAUCGCUUUCUGACUCUUUAUUUGGUUGUGAGAACAGUGUACUAAUAUAUAUAUAAAAUAAAAUGAGUAAAACAGAGUAGGGUUAAACCUGAAAAAAUAAACGCAACAAAACAGCGAAUGUGUCGGCAGAAAGCCUUCGUCAGCGAACAAAACAACAGAAAAAACGGUAUAAAAAUAAGAAAUAGCACUUAGCUGGUAAGUAGUAUCUGUGGGCAGCAAUAGAAGUGUCAAUAGUAUAUAUUAUAUAUACAGAGGUGUCACUUCAAAGAAUUUAAUGUAUGCAUAGCUGAUAAUUAUACUGAGUAUGAAAGAGCAGAACACGUUUUUGUGUCAUUCCAAAAGGUAAACAAACUGGUAUGUAACAUAAAAGUAAGCAUUUUACAUCUUUACAGUAAAAAAUUUCUAUGAACCAAAAAUAUGGAGUAAAAUUAGACCAUUGUAUGGUCGGCUUAUAUGCGGGAUUUUGCAAAAACUGGCCAUUUUAAAGCAGUUUUAGGGGGUCGGCUUAUAUGUGAUGUAGGCUUAUAUGUGAGUCUAUACAGUACCUUUUUUUGUGGCAGAAUAUCAGGUAUGAGAGACCUAGACACUAAUAAAAUAACAUUUUGGCCACAGGAAUAGAAUCUUGACUGAGAAAAAUGUAUAUUCCAACCCUAAAUUUUACCACAGAUAGAAUGCUGUUAUUAAUCUUAUUAUUUUAUUUCUACAGUGAAAGAAAACCUAGUCGCAGUGAUUUGAUUGUACUAGUAGCACACAAUGAUGACCCAACUGGUAGGAAAAUAUAACAGUUGCAUACUCUGGUCUUUCUUUGAAAUUGCAAAUUUUUCUUCAAUAAUUGUACAAAUAGAAUCAAAUAAACAAUCUACUUGAGUACCAGUACCAGUAAUAUUUUAUGCUGUGAUGUUAUCAAAAAUAUUAUUUUUUACAUGUGCCAAGGCAUAAUUUUGAAUACAUUAAAAUUUUUGCAUCAACAGAUCAGAUGUUCGUGUUUUUCCCGGAUGAGAGCAAAGUGGGAAUUAAAACAAUCAAGACCUACUGCCAACGAAUGCAGGAAGAAAACAUUAUGAGAGCCAUUAUUGUUGUACAGACAGGCAUGACACCAUCUGCUAAACAGGUAAAGGGCUAUUAAUACUUUUUAUAAUAGUUUGGGGGGGGGGGGGAGAUUUUUACCCCAAAUAAAUUAAGGGCUGGUUUAUUUCUAGUAAUUUCUCUGUUUUUGGACUUAUAACUAUCUGAAGGCUGAAAUUUGCAAGUUUUAUUUAGGUGAAUUUUACAUUUUCCUGUAUUUUUACUGAAAUAUUUUUUUCCGUGAAUAUUUGCAGUUGCUUGACUCAACAACAUUAAAUUAAGUUUACAAAAGUAUUUAAAGUUAAAGCCUCAUUUUUUCUGUAACAUAUUGAAGCUGCCAACUGUUCUUUUCAGGCUCUGGUUGAAAUGGCUCCAAAAUAUAUCUUGGAGCAGUUUAUUGAAUCUGAGUUGCUCAUCAACAUAACAGAGCAUAUGGUGAGAGAUUUUCCCCUUCUAUUACUAUUAGUAUUACGCUCAAGAUUGUAGUUGUCAGCUCUUAACCUCCCAAAUGCCACAGUUUUUUUUAGACGGGAAUAUUGCAGUUUUUACAGACUUAAAAAUAUACAGCAGGUACUUAUUUCCUUUAAUGCAGAUUUUUUAAAGAUACAAUUUUACAUGCUGUCACGCUUGAUUAACCAAGUAGAAUUUUCUUUCCAGUAAGUAAAUGAGGCCACUGGGCAUUUAACUCUAACAAAUUAUUAAUCUUCACGAUUAUUUCAGUUAGUGCCAGAGCACAAAGUGAUGACACCAGAAGAGAAAGUGGAACUGUUGAACAGAUAGUAUCCUUUUAUCAAAACUUGGCAUGGAGGGGAUAGGGUGGUGGAUAUCACUUGUGAAUGAAUAUAAUGCAAACUUGUUUUCUGGCUUAUCUUUUGAUAACACAUAAAUAUUUGAAGGUAAAACUAGAACUUUAUAACAUACAACUUUGAAGGUUAAAUCUAUUUCAUACAAAUUUGAAGGUAAAAUCUAUUGCCUGCAAAUUUGAAGGUAAAAUGUAUUGCAUAAAAAUUUGAAGGUAGAAUCUAUUCACAUUGCCAUUUACUUGGAUGUUUCCACCUUAACUUUAACCAGUAAAUUAAAAGAAUCACAGUUACCUAGGAUUCAACAAGGUGAUCCAGUCGCUCGUUACUUUGGUCUUAAAAGAGGACAGGUGUGUAGAUAUUUCAAAUUUUUAUUUCAACCUUAUAGGUACAAUAUGCAAACAAAAAAAAGUAGAGAAAAUAAUGAACAUUUCCAACAAGUCUUUAAAUAUUAUUGCAAUGGAAGAGCCUAAAGAUUUAUGACAAGCAUUAUGUUUAAUUACGGUACCUCCACUGCAUUGUUUAUAUAAAUAUUGUUCACGGAAAAUAUAUGGAAGAUUUAAAAUAAAAAAAUGGUCCUUAAUACAAAUAAAAGAUUUUUCAGUUUGAAACAUAAAACUUUUAAACAUAUUUUACUGAACACAGAUGAAAUGAACUUAAUUAUUAACAAAUGUGUGUCUGUCUCUAAUUUUACAGGUUGUCAAAAUUAUCAGGCCGAGUGAAACUGCUGGCCGCUAUGUCAGUUAUAGAUUAGUUGUCUAGUAUCAAGCAUUUUGAGUUGUAUGAGUGAGAGUGGAUUGACUGUAUUGUUGAAAGCCUUUAAUGUAUGACAUGUCCUGAUAUUUCAAUGUAUUUUAAAUCACAUUUAAUUUGUUGAUAUAAAAAAAAAAACAUUAAUAAAUUUGUUUAAAAUCUUUUCUUGUAUUUUCUUUAAAAAAUUUUUAUAUUUUACAUUAAUUUUUAAUUAUGUGGAAUGAUUCAACAUCUAUACUUGUGGCAAUGAACUUGACGAUACUGCAUACGGCUCCGUUCAAAUAUUUUUUUUAAAGCAAAUGACAUGAAGCUUAUGUAUUCAACAAUACAUCAGCCUGUGCCUUCGCACACUCCCCCUUUUCAAUUAAAAUACCAGGAAUGAAGUCAGGGAGUUCUACUAACAUAUGAAUGAUGUCAAUUGAUUAUUUUUAUGUACAGCUGUGAAAAUGGAAUAAUUAUACUAACUUUAAGCUCAUCCAGCUCUGUGGAAACUUCAUUGUGUUAUAUUUUUUUAGCUUUUUUUUUGUUACCGGUAAUUUAAAUAAUU